AUGGCUCUGGGCCAUUCGCCCUUUACAGCUCCUCUCUUCCAAGUGGACAAGACGCUGAAUACAGACGAGAUCCACGCCAACAUUUUGCAAACAUGGCCAUACAACCGCAUAAUCAACUCAAAAGGCCUGGCCAAUCACACGGCUGAAUAUACUGACGCUGUCGGCGAGACCAUCUAUCUGACAGAUGAGCGGGUUUUUGUCACAUUCGAGGAUGGUGACAGUCUCGAGCCCGCGCACAGCCUUGAUGAGUGCAUCAAGAGGCCAGCGCAGCGGAAGGUAUUGCGCACGCAGACCUUUUGGGAUCCCUGGGUCCCCGUCUCCAACACGGUCAAAUCCGGAAAAGAUGAGUCGGGUGGCUAUGUGACGUUUGAGUUUUCUGUCACGAAGGGAACAUCGACAGAUUUGGGAUUUGCUCUAGGGCCGUUCAAGGACAUUAUCGGAGGCAGCGUCGGCCUCUCUCUCAGCAUCGACUACACCUAUGGCAGCACGAUCGCCUGCAAUGUCCCCGGGGGCAGUAUCGGGCAGGUCUGGGGCCGCCACUGGAUGGCGUGGGCUGAAGUUCAACAGAAGAAUUGCAACACAUGUGGCGGCUGCAUCAUUCAGACUGGCUUUGCGCUGAUGCCACAGAACGACUACAAGAACGGGGAGGACUUUGGCUGCUCGGCCGGCUACGAUAAUGUCCUCGACCCUCCUAACCCACCACUGUAG